UUGAUGAACUGGACCAGCUGGGAACACUCCAGUGGCUCAACCGUAAUUAACACAAACUCAAAGCCCUAUUAUUUACCUAACCUACAUAUCUUCUAAACCCUCAUCCCCAACCUUUACACACACACACUCGCUCUCACACUCUCACCGGAAAACACAAUGCAGCUCCGUUCCACGGCGGCGUUCACGGCGGCGCUUAUCUCAACACUCCUCUUCCUCCUCCCAAGCGCCACCGUCAAUGCACACAACAUCACCAGCAUUCUCAACAAGUUCCCGGAUUUCUCAACCUUCAACCACUACCUAACCCUAACACACCUCGCCGAUGACAUCAAUAACCGUCAAACAAUCACCGUUUGCGCCGUAGACAACGCCGGUAUGGCAGAUCUGUUAUCCAAACACCUCUCGAUCUACGCUAUGAAGAACGUCCUCUCACUUCACGUCCUCCUCGACUACUUUGGCGCCAAAAAGCUCCACCAGAUCACCAACGGCACGGCGUUAGCCGCCACAAUGUUCCAAGCCACCGGCACCGCCACCGGAUCCGCCGGAUUCGUCAACAUUACAGAUCUGAGAGGCGGCAAAGUCGGUUUCGGUAGCGAAAACUCCGGUAAAACCGAUGCGACGUUCGUUAAAUCGUUACAGGAAGUUCCGUACAACAUUUCGGUUAUCCAGAUUAGCAGUACGUUACCGUCGGUGGAGGCGGAGGCUCCGGUGCCGGAGCCUGCUGAGGUGAAUAUCACCUCGCUGAUGUCAGCACACGGAUGUAGAAACUUCGCUGAAGCGUUGCUUGCAUCUGACGCUAUGAAGACGUAUGCUGACAACAUCGAUGGCGGAUUAUCGGUUUUUUGUCCGUUAGAUGAUGCGUUUAAAGGAUUUGCACCGAAGUUUAAAAACCUAACCGUCGCCGGAAAACAGUCGUUACUGGAGUACCACGGUGUGCCGGUGUAUCAGUCGAUGUCGAUGUUGAAAUCGAGCAAUGGCCUGAUGAACACGCUAGCAACCGACGGUGCUGAAAAGUACGAUUUCACCGUGCAAAACGACGGUCAAGAUGUAACGAUUAAAACAAAGUUAGUUACAGCGAAGAUCGUAGGAACAUUAAUCGAUCAACAACCGUUAAUAAUAUUCACAAUCAAUAAGGUAUUACUACCGGAGGAGCUUUUUAAAAAUGCACUUUCUCCGGCGCCGGCACCGGCGCCGGAGGCCGAUGCUCCGGUGGCGGACUCGCCGAAGGCUUCCAAGAAGAAGAAGCAUAAGUCUACUCCGGCGCCGGCGUCGUCGGAGUCUCCGGCGGAUUCGCCGGAUGGCGCGGUAGCCGAUCAGGAAGCAGAUGGUAGCGGCGCGCCGCAAAUCAAGGGUUUCCCAUUGGGUGUUUUGGGUUUGAUGUUAUGGUUUGGGUGGUUAGUGGUGUAACGUGUUAAAUGUGUCACACUUGUUACAUCUUGUGUUUAUUACAUGUUUAUGUUUACACUUGAAGAAGUUAUAUUUAUGUUUCAUUAUGGUUGCAUAAUGAGAUUUGAAUAUAGGUUUUGGUGGGUGGAAAUGAUGUUUUUGUAUUGUUUAUUUAUAAUUUAUAAUCUGGUGAGUGAGUGUGUAUGUGUUUGUGUGUGAAGUUGAACAUUGAGGCUUUUGUUUUGAUGUGUGUUGUUUUUGGUGACUUGUAUUUUCUUUGUAUACAAAUACAAUGGUAGGUAAUGGAAAUUAAGCAUUUAUGAUU